AUGGCAGCGGCGAUAGAGAAGCAAAAGUCCCUUCCCAUGGAUAGACCCGAUGCUGAAACAUGGAAUCGUGACCUGAUGGAGGCCUUCCGCCAGGCGCUGGAGAAGGACCCCGCAACAGACCUUCUAUCCGUUGUCGGGAAGAGAUAUGUCGCUGCACAUCGUGCUGGUCAAUACGCCGGUCUAUCUGAGGCGGCUCGGCUAAACUUCGAAACCAUUGAUCGUCUUCAGGAUCGGGCACUUUCCCGGCCCGAAAUCAACUUGCGCGAUAUUUUCCCUACGGACUACGAUCGCCAAUACAGAUGGGCCAAGCCCAAGAAAGAAGAAAAGGCCACAUCCCUAGAAAAUUCCUCGCCAGCGCGGCAACUAAAACAGCCCCUCGACUGGCUUCGCAAAAUAAUUGAACCUGUCAACACCUCUAGCAUCAUCUACCCACUAUCUCCCCAGGCGUCAGCGCUUCUCAAUCAGCACCGUACGACGGAUGAUUUCUCCGAGGAAUCAUCCAUGACGGCCGCUUUGAAAGACCUAGUCUUGAACUCCGACAUAAUUUUCGAACUUAGUAUUAGACGUGGUGCUGUCGUCAGGUGCAGUGACGACCUUGUCAUCAAGACCUUUCCCAGCAGUCGGGAUCUUACUGAAUACCACAAUCUCCAGUAUCUCGGUGAAAAUGUCCCCGACCUACCAAUCCCUAAGCCCCAUGGUCUUAUCAUGCUUGGUAGUAUUGGUGCCAUGUUCAUGUCAUAUGUUCCGGGGACCGCCUUGAACAAGGUAUGGUCACGCUUAUCCCACGAAGGGAAAUUAUCCAUACAGAAACAGCUGGACGAUAUAUUCUCUCGUCUUAGGGACCUACGUCAGGAGGACGGAACUGAACUUGGGGGCGUACGCGGAGAAGGAGUCAAAGACUACCGCAUUAUGGAAACCCUCGCGUACAAAGGCAUAACUACAGCCAGGGGUUUUGAGGAGCUACAGUUCUCGGCAAAGCAUCGCGCCAGUCCUUCCUACGUACAGUUACUUCGGUCUUUCUUGGAUGAGGACAACAAAACCCUGCAAGGGUCCGUAUUUACGCAUGGCGAUUUGAAGAAAUCCAACAUCAUGGUGCAGGAAGAUCCAGGAAAUCCUGACUUUUUCGUGGUCACCGGGAUCAUUGACUGGGAGGACGGCGGCUUCUAUCCUGAGUACUACGAGUCCACGACACUGUCGAAUGGACAGAGCAUCAUGUCUGACGACGAUUGGUAUCUGUAUGCGCCACACUGCAUCUCGGCCUUACGGUUCCCUGUACGUUGGCUAGUUGACCGACUUUGGGGCAACCUUUUAUGGAGCUGGAGGACUGACAUAGUGCGAUAA